AUGAAGUCCUGUUGCAAGUUUACUAGCUAUGGGUGCAUAAUUUUUGUGACUAGCAAUGGAUAUGUGCAUUAUGCUUACGAAGGAAGAAUAGAAACCUAUAAAUACUCUGGAACAUUUGAUGUACGAAUCUGGAACGUGCAUGCAAAGGAUACUGGGACAUACAGAUGUGAAAUCCAUGGGACACAAAAACACAUCUACCAGGAUUUUCAAGUUGUUAUCACUGACAGCGAGACUGACCUGAACCCAAUACUAGCCUUUCCAAAAUCCACCAUCUCACCAGUCAGCUCAGUGCACCAUCUCUUAGAGAAACACCAGGAGAAAUCUAGUGAUAAAUGGAGCUUGAAAUUCACACUGGGAACCAGUUUUGGUGUCGUGGUAAUCAUCAUCAUUAUAUCGAUCACACUGACUGUGGUCUACUACAAAAAGAAGUUAAGAGAUAAAAGUGGUAGAAGCUUCCCUAGUGCACCCAGUGUUACACAUCUACCUCAAGAGCUCAUCUACACCACAGUGGAUUUCAAGCUUCAUCAAAAAACUUCCAGCAUGUAUGCCAACCUGGACAUCUAUAACUUGCGACCUGAUUCAAGCAAUGCACGGGAAAUGCAGGACAGAGUAGAGUAUGCUACAAUAGCAGGGGUUUUAUGAUCUAUGAAAAAAAUCACGAUAUGUGACU